GUGUGUGUGUGUGUGUGUGUGUUCCAGGGGGCCCGUGUGUGGGUCAGGGAAAAGGAACAGCUGGUGCCCUCCACAGUCAACUCCUGCGGAGAUGGAACCCUGGUUGUCACCACGGACUAUGGCGAGGUGCUGUACCUGCAGACGGCGGAGGUGACCCGGGAGCGGGUGUACGCCAUGCACCCCAGCAGCAACGAGGGGGUGGAGGACAUGUCCUGCCUGGCCGAGCUGCACGAGGCCGCCAUCCUGCACAACCUGCACCUGCGCUACAAGAAGGACAGCAUUUAUACCAACAUCGGCAGCAUCCUGGCGGCGGUGAACCCCUACAAGCAGAUCCCGGGUAUGUACGACCCGGACCGGGUGGAGCUCUACUCCAAACACCACCUCGGGGAGCUACCGCCGCACAUCUACGCCAUCGCCAACGAGUGCUACCGCUGCAUCUGGAAGCGCCACGACAGCCAGUGUGUCCUCAUCAGUGGUGAGUCUGGGGCAGGGAAGACGGAGAGCACCAAGCUGCUGCUCCAGUUCCUGUCUGUAAUGAGCCAGAACUCAGCAGGGACCCCCCCCACGGAGAAGAGCACUCGCGUGGAGGAGGCCAUAGUUCAGAGCAGCCCUAUCAUGGAGGCCUUUGGAAACGCCAAAACUGUUUACAACAACAACUCCAGCCGCUUUGGGAAGUUCAUCCAGCUGCACUUCUCUGAGGGCGGGAACAUCCAGGGAGGCUGUGUGUUUGACUGUAUCCUUUCAUGUAACCGUGUGGUAAGGCAGAACCCUGGGGAGAGGAACUACCACAUCUUCUACGCUCUGCUAGCCGGAGCCACUAAGGACCAUAAAGAACAAUAUUUCCUGGGUGAACCCCCUGAGUCCUUCCACUACCUCAACCAAUCAGGAUGCAUCAAGGACAAAAGCCUGAACGACAAAGAGCUCUACAACAGUGUUAUGGAGGCCCUGAAGGUGCUGGAGUUCACGGAGGAGGAGAGCAGGGACAUGUUCCAGCUGUUGUCUGGAGUCCUGCAGCUGGGCAACAUCGAGUUCAUGACCGCCGGAGGGGCUCAGAUCACCACCAAGCAAGUGGUCAGUAAUGCCAGUGACCUGCUGGGUCUGGACUGCUUCCAGCUCUCUGAGGUGCUGACACAGCGCUCCAUCAUCCUCAGAGGAGAGGAGAUCUGCUCCCCCCUCACCAUAGAGCAGGCGGUGGAUUCCCGGGACUCGGUUGCCAUGGCGCUGUACGCACAGUGCUUCUCCUGGAUCGUCCGCAAAAUCAAUCAGAAGGUCAAAGGGAAAGAGAACUUCAAAUCAAUCGGUAUCCUUGACAUCUUUGGCUUCGAGAAUUUUGAGGUAAAUCGGUUCGAACAGUUUAACAUCAACUAUGCCAACGAGAAGCUCCAAGAGUACUUCAAUAAGCACAUCUUCUCGCUGGAGCAGUUGGAGUACAACAGGGAAGGCGUCCAAUGGGACGCAAUUGACUGGAUGGACAAUGCAGAGUGCCUUGACCUCAUAGAAAAGAAACUGGGCAUGUUGGCUCUGGUCAAUGAGGAGAGCCGCUUCCCAAAGGGAACAGACUUCACCCUGAUGGAGAAGCUGCACAGCAGACACUCUACCAAUCCCUACUAUGUGAAGCCCCGGCUUGCAGACCAUCAGUUUGGCAUCAAACACUACGCUGGGGAGGUUCUGUAUGAUGUGCGAGGAAUCCUGGAGAAGAACAGAGACACUUUCAGAGACGACAUCCUCAAUAUGCUGAAAGAGAGCAGGCUGGACUUCAUCUACGACUUGUUCGAGAAGGUGGGCAGCAGAAACAACGAGGAGACUCUGAAGAUGGGCACAGCCAGACGCAAGCCAACUGUCAGCUCCCAGUUCAGGGACUCCCUCCAUUCUCUCAUGGGGACUUUGAGUGUGUCCAACCCUUUCUUCAUCCGCUGCAUCAAACCCAACAUGGAGAAGAAUCCAACCGUGUUUGACCCGGAAGUCGUCAUAAAUCAGUUGAGGUAUUCUGGGAUGUUGGAGACGGUGAAAAUCCGUCGCGCUGGAUUCCCCGUUCGAAGGACUUUUGUAGACUUCCUCUCACGGUAUAAGAUCAUCUCCAAGAACAAGGUGUCCACGGUCGGAGAUGAUAAGAAAAAAAACAUGGACCUUCUGACCAAAUAUGACAAGACUAAGAAAGAGUGGCAGAUUGGCAAGACCAAAGUGUUCAUGAAGGAGGCCCUGGAGCAGCGUCUGGAGAAGGACCGCGAUGAGGUGCGCCGGGCGGCUGCCAUGGUGAUCCGCGCCCACCUGCUCGCCUAUUCCGCCAGGAAGCACUUCAAGCAGGUCCGAAGCAGCGUGCUCACGCUGCAGAAGCACUUCCGCAAGCACAUCCUGCGCCGGAGGUUCGUCAGGCAGCGCAAGGCGGCGCUGGUGCUACAGAGACACCGGAGGGGGCAGGUGGCCCGCAGCCGCGUCCGCAAGAUCAGGGACGAGAGGAAGAGGCUGAAGAGGGAGGAGGAGGAGAAGACGAAGAAGAAGGAGCAGCCAGAGGCAAAGACAGACGGAGGAGAAGGAGGAGGAGAAGAGAAGAAGCAGGAGGUGGCUGGAAAGGGAGCAACGAAUGAAGAGGAAGGGGAAAAGCCAGAUGUGGAGACCCGUCAGAUGGAGGAGAUUCUGAAGCUGGAGCGGGAGAUCGAGCGGCUGCAGAGGAAGCGGGAGGACGGCGUGUCCCUGCUGUGCGAGUCCUCCAAGCAGGAGCUGCAGCUGCGCCGCGACGCCGAGAUCAAGCGCAUGAAGAAGGAGGCGUCCCGCAAGGCCACCGAGCUCAUCGACCUCCUCAACUUCGGGGGUCUGGACCCCGCCCUGGUGGACGCCGAGCCCAAGGCGCCUGAAGCAGAGGUGAAGCCGGCGCCAGGGGGGGCGGGCCCCGCCACGGCCACGCCCAAAGAGGAGGAAGUGGACGAGGGCUUCCACGCCGAGGAGGAGUGCAUCCCCCUCCCGGACUUCCCGCCUCCGGCUGAGAGCGACGCCCCCCUUGACGUGGAGAUCCUCGCCCAGCUUCCCCCUCCUCCGCCUGCCUUCGCCGAGGGAACCCUCGCCUCCGCCCCUCCCCCCGCCGCCGACGGCGUAGCGGCGCCGAGCCCGGCCGGCGCCCCCCCUCCCCCGCCCGCGCCCCCGCCCCCGGGAGACGGGUCGGGCGUUCCGGCACCUCCUCCUCCACCUCCUCCAACCCCUCCUCCUCCACCUCCUCCUCCUCUACCGCCGUCGACGGCGCCCCCGACCAAGGCGGACGGCGAGAAGAAAGAGGCGGGAAAAGCGGAGGAGGGGAGGAAGGUGAGCAUGGUGGAGAGCCUGGGCGACGGGGAGGAGCCUAUCUACAGCAUGCCCGCCGACACCGAGUCGGACUACGACCAGGAGGAGGAGGACGGCUCGGUGAACGCCGGCGACGACGGCUCCGUCUCCGGGAGCAACCGGGGCAGCGCGGCCCCCGCGGAGGAGGAGGAGCACCCCAGGAAGUCGACGUGCACCAACGCCAGCGCAGAGUCGCACCGCGGCAGCUCCGACUCGUACGGGGACAGCGAUGACGAGCACGACGGCCUACUGGACACCGAUGAGGAGGUGGGCGUCGGCCACCGGGUCAGCAUCCUCAACGGGAACGGACCGCCCUACUUCCACAGCUACCUCUACAUGAAGGCCGGUCUGAUGAUCCCCUGGAGGAGGCGCUGGUGCGUGCUGAAGGACGAGACCUUCAUGUGGUUCCGCUCCAAGCAGGAGUCCCUGAAGUCCGGCUGGCUGUACAAGAAGGGAGGGGGCCUGUCCACUCUCUCACGCAGGAACUGGAAGAUGCGUUGGUUCGUACUGAGGGACAGCAAGCUGAUGUACUUUGAGAACGACAGCGAGGAGAAGCUGAAGGGGACUAUCGACAUUCGGGCUGCAAAGGAGAUCGUGGACAACCACGAGAAGGAGAACGCGCUGAACAUCGUGACAGAGGAGCGGACCUACCAGGUGUUCGCUGAGUCCCCAGAGGACGCAGGUGGAUGGUUCAAUGUGCUCAGUAAGGUGCGAGUGUGCACUCCAGAGCAGCUGCUUGACAUGUCCCAUGAGCAAGCCAACCCAAAGAAUGCUGUGGGCACCCUUGACGUGGGUCUGGUGGACUCUGUGUGUGCGUCGGACAACCCUGAUCGUCCCAACUCCUUCGUGAUCAUCACCGCGAACCGCGUGAUCCACUGCAACACGGACACGGCCGAGGAGAUGCACCACUGGAUCAGCCUGCUGCAGAAACCCAAAGGAGACGCCAAAGUCGACGGCCAGGAGUUCCUGGUCCGGGGCUGGCUGCAGAAGGAGAUGAAGACGAACGCCAAGAGCACCUCCCUGAAGCUGAAGAAGCGCUGGUUCGUGCUCACCCACAAUUCCCUGGACUACUACAAGAGCUCUGAACGUAACUCCUCCAAGAUGGGAACCCUGGUGCUGAACUCCCUCUGCUCCGUUGUACAGCCGGACGAGAGAGUACACCGAGAGACAGGCUACUGGAACAUCGUGGUGCACGGCAGAAAGCACUCGUACCGCCUGUACACCAAGAUCUUGAACGAUGCCAUCAGAUGGACAGCAGCCCUACAGGGAGUCAUAGACAGCAAGACCCCUAUCGAGACCCCCACUCUGCAGCUCAUCAGAGACAUCAGGGAAAACAGCGUGAACCAAGAUCUGGUGGAGCAGAUGUAUCGGAGGAACCCGAUCCUGAGGUACACCCAGCACCCCCUGCACUCCCCACUGCUGCCCCUGCCCUACGGAGAGGUCCCGUUCCUCCAGAGGAAGCUGGGAUACGCCAGCCUCCAGGACGAGGCGGUGCGGGUGUUCAACUCCCUGCAGGAGAUGGAGACCCUGGGGGACACCGUGGCCAUCAUCCAGGGCAUCCUGCAGACCUGCCAGGACCUGCGGCCGCUCACCGAUGAGGUGUAUGCACAGGUGAUCAAGCAGACCAACCACGUACCUCAGGAUAACAUCCAAGCCAAUAGGGCACACUGGCAUCUUCUCACCUGCAUGAGCUGCACCUUCUUGCCCAGCCGAGGUAUUCUCAGAUACCUGCGCUUCCACCUAAAGAGGGUACGUGAACGUUACCCAGGCACUGAGAUCGAGCGCUACGCUACUUUCAUCGGGGAGUCCCUGAAGAAGACCAAGACUCGUGAGUUCGUCCCCUCGCAGGAGGAGAUCGCCGCCCUGCUGGUGAGGCAGGAGAUGAGCACCACCGUCUACUGCCACGGAGGAGGCUCCUGCAAGAUCUCCAUUAACUCACACACAACGGCUGGACAGGUGGUGGAAAAGCUGAUCCGCGGCCUUGCCAUAGAGGAAAGCAGAAACCUCUUCUCCCUGUUUGAACACAAUCAGUGCACCGACCGAGCUCUGGAGAGCAGGGUCAUUGUUGCGGAUGUCCUCGCCAAGUUUGAAAAACUGGCAGGAAGUGACGAGGAAGAUGAGGAGGGAGAGUGGAGGCUCUACUUCAAGCUCUAUUGCUUCCUGGAUGUAGAGAGCAUGCCUAAAGAAGGAGUGGAGUUCGCUUUCAUGUUUGAGCAGGCCCAUGAGUCUUUGAUCAGCGGCCAUUUCCCGGCCUCGGAGGAGAAUCUGCAGAACCUGGCGGCUUUGCGGCUUCAGUAUCUCCAAGGCGACGGCGCCGGCAGGGCGGGAUGGAGCCUGGGCAACGUCUAUCCGAUCGCGCGUCUCCGCCACCGCAUCAUGCACUCCACCAAGCCGGGGACAGGGGCCGGGCCGGGAGCCGCGGGGGCCGCAGGGGCAGGGCUGGGGGAUGGGAAGGGGGUGGCCGGGAUCCAGGGGACUGUAGGAGGGGCCCCUGAGAAGCGUAGGACCCCCAGCUUCCUGGACGGCACCCUGAGGAGAAGCUUCAAAACGGGCUCGCUGAAGAAACAGAAGGUGGAGGAGGAGCAGAUGCUGGAGAUGUGGGUGAAGGAGGAGACCUCGGCCACCCGGGCCAACGUCCUGGAGAAGUGGACCCGUCUUCAGGGCCUGCCACAGCACCAGGCCAUGCUGAACUACAUGAGCAUCAUCAAGGAGUGGCCCGGCUACGGCUCCACUCUGUUUGAUGUGGAGUGUAAAGAGGGUGGCUACCCCCAUGAACUGUGGCUUGGAGUCAGUGCAGACAAUGUCUCAGUGUACAAGAGGGGCGAGCCCAAGCCUCUGGAGACCUUCCGGUAUGAACAGAUCACCUUCUUCGGAGCUCCACAACCCUGCACUUACAAGAUCAUUGUGGACGAGAGGGAGAUCUUCUUCGAGACUCCCAUGGUUGGGGAUGUCGCAAAGAUCAUGAGGGCCUACAUCAACAUGAUAGUGAAGAAACGCUGCAGCAUCUUGUCUGUCUCCAGCGUCGGCAGUGCAUGGAUGAGCUGAGUGGUCGUCCACCAAUCAAAGCUCUCUGUUUCUUCAUCAAGCCCCACCACAGAGAGGCAUCAGAUGUUGCUCUCCUCAGGAUAGUGUGUGUUGGUGUUUUGCCAAAUCCUCGAGUCCAUGAUUGACUGAAAGUCGUCUUUUUCAAAAGUGCAAGAAGGUGGGAAAAUUAGGUCACCUGUCGACCCCCCUGUGGCCACUGAUUAUAUUUGGAUAAAUGAUCAAUACUUUGGUGGACAAUAUGUCAAUGUCUAUUUAAGAAUGAGCAUGGAAAAAAAACAAUAACAGCUAUUUUUGGGCAGGUCCUCUACACGAGUCCCAUCCCAGUUGUAGUAUCUGCAUGUAGAUGUUCAAGCACACCCCAAAUGUCUCUGCUGUAAUGCUUUGUUUCUGGACCAACCUCACUAGUGACGAGCACAAUGAUUCUGACCCCAAAAUCUACCCCUCCUUCAUGUCCCGCUGUCCGGGAUCCACAAUGAACCCUGCUUAAGGGUUAUCAGCCCUACCACAACCCUCAGCUUCACCACACCUACCCAGCCCUACCACAACCCUCAGCUUCACCACACCUACCCAGCCCUACCACAACCCUCAGCUUCACCACACCUACCCAGCCCCUUCACUCUUGCUCUGUCUCUCUCUCUCUCACUCUCUCUCGUUCUCUUCACAUAUAUUUGUUGAUAGUGUUUGCAUCCCAUUUGUACUCUUUAUUACGUUUUAUUGCUGAAUUUUCUAUUGCUUGCGCUUUUCUUCUCGGGUUCUCUUUGCUCGUCUAUGUUAAUUCAUGUCCCUGGAAGCCCCGUCCCCCAUUUUUUAAAAGUCAAUCUCACUCCAUAACAUCAGCUACAUCAUCAUGUCUGACACGAGUCAACCAACAGGGAGUAUUAUUUGAGGGCUAAAUGCAUAACACUGAAUGUCCCCUUCCUACACACGGACACGCUUCACUUACUGUGUCGUGGGGACGUGGCUCCAUGUAACAUUGCCACUGUGUGGCCUCAAACUACUGGUUGGAGUGACUGUUGAAGUUUCUGAGAAGAGUUUAAGCAGAUCCACUUCAUAGAGGACUGGGGAAGGGAAAUGAGUGAGGCCCUUCCUUGAUGAAUUUCAUAAAGACCUUUGUUGUGGUUUGAAACAGCAAUGAGCCAUGCUUUAUAGAUGAAAGCCGAUGGCGGAUGAUAUUCACAACAAUACCAUUAUUCAGAGUAUGACAGUACUCUUUUUCAUAUUUAUACCUAUAUAUAGUAUGUCCACAUAUUACCUUAAACAGUAAGCAUUAUCUUAUUAUAUUCACAUUUACACAUACGAUACAUGUAUGAUACUGUAAACUGAAACAUAAUUUUGUAAUGUAUAUCGCACACAUAUUGUAAGAGUUGUAUCCAUGUUGGUGACCCACUGUAAUAUAAAUGGAUGCCAUUAUAACUACAUAAUGUGAACGCUCUUGUAUAAAGUACAUGCAAAGGAAAAUAGUAAGUAAUUCACCUAUAUACAUUUAAAAAAAACACAGCAAUAUGCUAUGUGCUGGCUGUGUCAUCGAUGUGUCUCACUAUCACAGUGUUGUGACACACAUUUUAAACACAGAAGACGGCAGCCAUCUUGGUCGUAUGCCUUCGUGUGGGUACAGAGUUUCACAUCGUCCGGUCAGAGUUACAGCAUUAUCUUGUUAUCGUUAUUGAAGCCAUGCAAUACAACCACAAGAGGAUCCAUGUCCAUCUGAAUCUAGGCUGCCAUAUGUGGACGUUUUCGUUUCUUCUGUGAUUCAAACUAUGAUUCCUUCUCAGCACCCAUAAGUUCUCUGUUGUUGUUGUUCCCACUCCUCUGCUGUAUAUCCCCACCCCUUUAACGUGCAUUGUUUUGGGACUGACGCUGGGAUUGAGCGAGUGUACAUAGUGUCAUGGCAAAGGGCGGGGACUGAUGGCAAUCUAUGGAAAUUGGAGAAGAAGAACAAAGAAUUGUGUUUGUUUGCAACAACAAAAAGAGAAGAAUAUGGGAGAAUUCACCUGAAUAAUAUUAAUGAGCGUUAUGUUGUGAUUGUUAUUUAAACAAAAAGGGGUAAAAGUAUGUAUGAGGAGGUAGGGAGGGAAAAGGGGUACUUAUUUAUACUUGUAUGUAUUGCAGUUAUGGUGUUGAUGAUGGGAAGGGGGAAAAAUUGUCAUAAUUAUGAAAUGAUUGAGUGUUAUGGAAGUUAUGGAAAAUGACUAUGAAGUUGUAUAUGUCCCAUUCAUGUGUGGCUGAGUUGACACUUCCACCCAUUGAAAUCCAAAGUAAAAUUUGAAUUUACAGCCAAAACACAUUUGCCCUUAAAUAGGAAGACAUUCAACUGAAUGGAUCAAACCAACAGUAUUCAAGCUCAGUAUUAAUUGUGGUCUAUGUGAAGUGCCACAAGCCCAUAUGUUCCCCAUAUGGAAUAAGAGCGGAGUCAGAAUUAUUUGAUGAAAUCCUUAGAAUAUAAAAAAAGGGACUUCACGAGUAUGAUCAUUUUUAGAAGUCUGAUAAUCCAUAAGCCAAAACCUUUCUGAUAGUGAUACUGUGUCUGUCUCCCCCACCUAUUAUAUAUUUUGUCACUAUAUCACCCGAGUAUUAAAAAACAGUUGCCAUUUGUUGUAGAAGUGUGAUCAGGCUAUAUUAUGGUUAAUGCUGUUGAACUGAAAUCACAUAUCUGACUAUUCUGAUCGCAAGUCUACGUACAAUAGCAACUUUAAUAACAGCAGGGUCCUUAUAUAAGCCGCAGGCGGCCAGAUGGGGCCUGGCACUCAUGUUCAUCUUAUUAUUAUCAUUACAUAGUGAAACGUUGUGCUUGUUUAAGAAGAAAAAAGAGAAAGAGAGAAAUGUUUGUUGUUCUUUGUAUUUGUAACUGGCUUUACAAAAUUAUAAUAAAUUAUUGAACUUUA